CUACAGAAACCAAAUUUUGAUGCGAGAAUGUGGAAAUUUGUGUUAAUAUCUGUGCUCAGCCUGCUGCCAUGUGCGCUGCUUCAAGAUAAUGAUAAUGAAGACAAUCAAACUGAAGAUCCACAUACCACACAAAUUUAUCAAGCAAGCGACUCACAUCUAUGCACAGAACAUGAGGUAAUCUUCUAUACGUUAAUGGAGCCAACACCGUUGCGGGAGUAUGGUUUUUUUGCCGAUCACUUUAGGCGGGCGGGAAUUCGGGGAUCAAUGCGUAGAGUGACCAAGACCAGAUUGGAGCCCCGUCCAGUUUGCUGUCCGGGCUACCUAAGAGCCUACGAUAAUAGCUGCCAGCCUGUGUCGACGACAACGGAGAUCUACACAGAGUUAACCGAGGGCUCGACUCUGACUGUGCCUGUGUCCAGUACAGAUAAAAGCUUAUCGGAUGCCGCAGACAAGCAGUCGUUUAAGCCUAAGUCCUGGCUUAUGUACGGCACUGUGCUCAUAUUGAUCUUGCUAGCCCUGGGAGUAUGCAUGUAUAGUUUCUACUAUAUCAAGCAAAGGAAAGAUAAGAGAAAUGAAAACGGCAAUGAAAUUGAAGAGCACUCUGCUCUGUUUUGCGAAUAAGUCACAAAUUAUGUAUGGGCUAUAGAAAUUCAAUAAAUUUUCCAACCUUCAUUUAAUCCAUUCUACAUAUUG